AUGGAGCUUCAGAACGGUCUUUGUCAAAGCAUGGAGCACGGUACGUUACUGAGAGUGAGCAGAAUUCUGUACCGAAAUCCAGUUGUAGUUUUUUGUGGUCUAAUACAAUUUGAUACCAUGCCAAUCACUGACGAAGGGAGUAUACAGAAUAUGUUUCAAAUUCAUCGGCAGACUCAGAUGCAACAGCCACAGAUUGAGCUGUAUGUUGAGUUUGAAACCGUAGAGGCAGAAGGAAUUCAAAAUGAUUUAGAUAUAAAGGAUGAUAGAGAUGCAGUGUACGAGAGAAUGAAUAGUGACAGCGAAGAAGACUUUGAAGCCACUUAUGAAGUCAGCAACGAAGAUGAGGAUGAUGUGGGAGUUGAGACAGCAGCGGAGAAUAUAGUGGUUCAUCUCUCGAUCAGUCAACCGAUGAACGUGCCACCUUUUAUGCGUGACUUGGAUCUCGACGCCAUGCAUGCACUAAAAUUUCUGGAAUAUACAAACAUAGGCAUUGCUGAUCCUGAGGACGGAGAGUUCCAGAUUGGAAUGGAAUACAGUUCUAGAAAGUCGGUCGUGGCAGCAAUUAGAAGUUACACUAUCGCUAGAGGAGUUGACUACAAUGUGUAUGAGUCUGAGCCACAGACAUUCUAUGCAAAAUGCAAGAUAUAUGGGCAUGGGUGCGACUGGCUUAUCCGAGCCAGCUUGAUACGAAAAAAAGGUUGUUGGGAGAUACGCAGAUACAACGGUAGGCACACGUGCACAAUGGGAUUGAUUUCACUGGAUCAUUCCAAGUUGGAAUCGGAUAUAGUUGCUGAGGCUAUAAGGCCAUUGGUCGAGACUGACCCGUCCAUCAAAGUGAAAUCUAUAAUAGCAGAAGUCCAGUCUAGGUUCAACUAUACCAUCAGUUACCGAAAGGCUUGGUUGGCAAAGCAGAAGUUCAUAGCCAAAGUUUUCGGUGGUUGGGAGGAUUCUUACCAAGCCUUGCCAUGGUGA